CUCAGUUUUGACAGCUGCUAGUCCAGUGAAAGGGAUGGCAGAUCAGCACCUUUCUCAGCCCUACUGUUAAUGCUGAUUGUCACUGAGGUUGUUUAAGUGGGCGCCAUCAGGGAAAUGAGGGAGGCAGUCCUUAGAUGUCAGGGAGAGCCCAGGUGAAAAAGAGAACUGGCCCAUCUCACAUAGCUUUGCAAUGUGUAGGUGGUAAACUCCCUCCCUGCCAUUUUCCUAAUCCUCCCACCUCCAAUUUAAUUGUCAGCGAAUGAUUGGCCAUGCAUUAACACACAGUCUUUAAUGGAAUAUUUCUUUUCCAAACAUUGGACUGUGCACUGCCGGUAAAUAUACUGAAAAACUUGACUCUCUAACUCUGUUUGCAGUGUUAUUACAUGUCCCACCUCCCCGCAUCGCCCAAAAAAAUCCAGACCAUUGUGCUUUGAGAACUUGUGUGAAAGUUGAAAUUCCUUCUUCCUUGCAACUCCCCCAGCUUCUCUUCCAGACUCAACUCCUGUCACUUGCAAACCACCUGUUAGAGCUUGGAAGGGAAAAACAAAUCUCGAUCUAUUGUAGUUACAUACAUCAGAAAUGUUGCCUGUUUAACAAAUCCAGUUGAAUAGGACUUGAAAACUUGAGAGGGCUUGUCAUCUGAAGAGUGGUUGAGGGUUUUGGUUCAGUUUGGGAUGGAGUUUAGAAGGAUGGGAGGGAAUUUCAUUGGCACUUACAGAAUACUGAGAGGCCUGGAAGGAUUGUACAUGGAACAGAGAAGAUGUUUCCACUAGGAGGAGAGAUUAGGACAUGCGGGCACAGUCGCGGAGUGAAGAGGCCAACCUUUAGAACUAAGGUAAGAAAGAAUUUCUUCAAUCAGCGAGUGGUUAAUCUGAGGAAAACAUUGCAGGAAGCCGACGUCAUUAGGACUAUUUAAGAUAGAGAGAGAGAUGGGUUCUUGAUUAAUAAGGGGAUCAAGGGUUUCAGAAGAAGGCUGGCGAUUGGGCUUCAGAAACAUCACAGCCAGAAUUGAAUGGCAAAGCAGACUGAGGAGGUCGAAUGAGCUAAUUCUGCCCCUAUAUCUUAUGGUCUUAUGGAUUUGACACUAAAUAUUUCAUUGGUCCUUUUGUGAUGAAGCCACUUCUGGGUGCAAGUGCUUGUUUAAAAUGUCUUUAAUUUUUGCCUUAUAUAGUCAGGAAGGCAAAUGCAAUGUUGGCAUUUAUUGUGAAAAGACAUGAAUCUAAAAACAGGGCUGUACCUCUGAGGCUUUAUAAGGCUCUGGUCUGGCCAUACUUGGAGUACUGCGUGCAGAGUUGUGUCCCAUAUCUCAGGAAGGAUGUAAUGUCCCUGGAACGGGUUCAGAGGAGGUUCAUGAGAAUGGUCCAGGGAAUGGAAACCUUAAAAUAUGAGGAACGGUUGAUGACUCUGAGACUAUACUCAUUGGAGUUUAGAAGGAUGAGGGGUGAUCUAAUUGAAACUUUCAGAACACUGAAUGGCCUGGACAGAAUGGUUGUUGGGAAGAUGCUUCCAUUGGUAGGAGAGAUGAGGCCCCGAGGGCACAGCCUUAGAAUGAAGACAAGACCUUUUAAAUUGGAGAUUUGCAGAAACUUCUUCAGCCAGAGAGUUUUGAAUCUGUGAAAUUCACUGCCACAGAAGGCUGCGGAGGCCAGGAAAUUUAAAACUGAGACAGAUAGGUUCCUGAUUAUCACGGGGAUUAAGGGCUAUGGGGAGAGAGCAGGAGAAUGGUGUUGAGGAACUUAUCAGCCAUGUCUAAAUGGCAGAACAGACUCAAUGGGCCGAAUGGCCUACUUUCUGCACCUAUGUCUUACGGUUUUGUGGUCUUAAAUAACUGCAGGUCUAAAACCUUUGACAGCCCAAACUCUGAGAAAGAUGAAGAACCAAGUUCACCAAAAGAGACAGCAACAAUUUCAAAUUCUGGAAAUGUUGACAGUGCAAAUGGUGAGGAAAAUGGAAGUUGUGGUUCUUCAGGAUCCAGCGAAAUAAUUGCUGAAUAUGGAAGCUUUGACACCUCAGAGGCAGAAGAGAUUCCAGUAAUCGAUUCAGUGAGCACAAACAGCGGGAACAAUGCUAACAUUCCGAGCUGUGAGGAGCUUGAAAAUCCACUUCCUCCAGAGACAGUUGCAGAGAUCAGAAAGUCCAAAACCUUUGACAGCCCAAACUCUGAUAAAGCUGAAGAAUCAAGUUCACCGAAAGCAACUGCAGAAAUUUCAAAUUCUGGAAAUGUUGACAGUGCAAAUGGUGAGGAAAAUGGAAGUUGUGUUUCUUCAGGAUCCAGCGAAAUAAUUGCUCACUGUGAAAGCGUUGAGUCUGAACACUGUCCGAAUUCUGAUGAAAUUCAGAAUUUAAGUUCACCAGAAAAGGGAGCGACAGUCAAGAAAAGCAUAGACUUCAACAGAUCAAGCUUUCUAGAAGAAUAUAAUUUCAGUCCUGCAGAAAAGGAAACACUAAUGAAAAUUGCUAUACCUGAAAUUCUUGAAAUCUGGCUGGAGGAGUCUGCCGAAGACUUUCGUCAAGUUCCAACUUACUCUUGUCUCCGGAAGGUACUUUGCUACUUGAACCAGACAGUGCCGGGGUCAGAUGCUGAACAUCGGGCCCAGAAACUCCUGAGUCGGUUUUUGGCAGAGGAAACAGCGGAGAAAGAGAUGUUCAAAGGCUACCGUAGAAGAGUUAGAUUCUAUAUUGGAGAAGAACACGACCAAACCAUCGAACAAGUUGACGAAAAGCUCCUGUCCUACCCAUCACGCUUCAUUGCAGAGCAGCUGACUUUUAUGGAUGCUGAUCUUUUUCGGAAACUUGUGCCCAGCCAAUGUUUAGGGUCCAUCUGGUCUCAACGAGGGAAGGAAGAAAAACAGCAUCUGGUAUCAACCGUCCAGGCCACCAUUACACAGUUCAAUAAUGUUGCAAAAUGUGUCACCAGCACCAUAUUAAGACCUCAACAGCUGAAACCACGGCAGAGGGCUAAAAUCAUUGAGAAAUGGAUUGAUGUUGCCCAGGAAUGUCGGAUCUUGCAGAAUUUCUCGUCAGUGCAUGCUAUUACCACUGCAUUGCAAUCAAAUAGUGUGUUCAAUUUGAAGAAGACUUGGGCAGCCGUGUCAAAAGCAGUAAGACAACAUUUGAAGACCUUUCAAACAAUGAAGAAGAUAACUUUAUAGCAAGUAGAGAGCUGCUAAUGGAGGAUAUUGUUCAGGGAAUUGUGCCGUACCUGGGAACUUUCUUAACAGAAUUUUCAGCGCUGGAUUCGGCUUUCCCGAAUUACCAUUCAAAUGGCUUGAUCAACUUUGACAAGAGACAAAAACUCCUCUGAACUCGAGAAACCGCCAAAGCCCAAAAAGAGUGUGUUUAAACGCCUCAGCUGCCUGUUUUCAAAGAGAGGUGUUAAAAUACACAACACUCAAAC